AUGACAGAUGAAGUUAUUGAAUCAUUAUAUUUAAUAUCUGAUCAACUCAAUCGAUAUUUAGCACCUAUUAUAUUUCUAUUUGGUGUAGUAGGAAACAUUCUGAAUUGUCUUAUUCUAUCAAAACGAACACUUCGAUCAAAUCCAUGUGCAUUACUUUUUCUGGUUUCAUCAUUUAUUGGUCUUAUUUCAAUUCUAGUUGGUUUACCUACUCGAAUAUUAGCUGGUUGGCAUCUUGAUCCAACAAAUACAAUUGACUGGACAUGCAAAACUCGUGUUUUUAUUGUAUUUAGUACAAGAACAAUGGCAAUAUGGUUGAUUACAUUGGCUACGAUUGAUCGAUGGUUAUUAUCAUCGGUUAAAAUUCAUCAUCGACAAAUGGGUAAUUUGAAAAAUGUUAAACGAGAAAUAUUUCUCAUUGUAAUUCUCUCAAUUCUUUCUUAUAUUCAUAUGAUUAUUUGUUAUAAAGCUAAUAUGAAUGAUGGACCAUUAAAAUGUUAUGGAAAGUCAGUAGAAUGCCGUAUGAUAACUGAUUUAAUUUAUUCUAUUAUAACAAUUAUAAUACCAUUAAGUUUAAUGAUUAUAUUUGGUUUAAUGAUUAUUUCAAAUGUACAUCGUUCUCAUAUUCGUGUACGUACAAGAACGACUAUAUCAACAAUUAUACCAUCAAGAACAGAAGAAUUAAGAAUAAAAAAAGUUGAUCGUCAUUUACUUCGAAUGUUAUUAGUACAAGUUUUUCUUUUAACUUUAUUCUGUACUCCACAAGCAGUACAAAAAUUUUAUAUUACACUUAAACCAUUUAAUUUACUUAGCAAACAAGAAGAUGCCAUGAAUCAUUUUCUAUAUAAUAUUGAAGUAAUUCUAGCAUUUAUAGCAAGUGGUAUGCCAUUUUAUAUUUAUACAUUAAGUGGUGGAACAGUUUUUCGGAAAGCAUCGAUUGAUUUUAUGAAAAGAGUCUAUCGAAGGUUGACUUGUCGAUUAUAA